UUAUUUUUCUACACCGUCAUUUCUUCAAGCUGCAGAUGCAGCUGAGUAUUGUAAUGUUUAAAUACUUCUGUUUUCAAUAAAGGGCUGACACCAUUGAUUCCAACCAAAAAAAAAGAAAACACAAACAAAUAAAUACUUUAAAAGAAUUAUAGAAGUUUCCUCUCCAAUUUCCCAUUUCCGUGGUAGGUAUUGACCAUGACUUUGCUAAUUUUUUAUCCAUUUGAUAUUGUACUCUUUUUGUUCUUGGUCAGAAGUUGAUAUAAACUGGUUUCAUUGAGUACUGUUUUUCUCAAUGGCUACUUCUUCCUCCUUUUACCGGUAUCAUGCUUUCUUGAGUUUCAGAGGGGCAGAUACCCGCAAGGCCUUUACUGAUCAUCUCUAUAGUGCCUUGCAGCGGGCGGGAAUCCACUCAUUUAGAGAUGAUGAUGAGAUUGUGAGAGGAACGAAUAUCGCACAAGAACUACAGAAAGCAAUACGCGAGUCACCUAUUUCCAUCAUUGUCUUCUCCAAAAGUUACGCUUGCUCACGUUGGUGCUUGAAUGAACUUGCGAGGAUAAUGGAACAAAAAAAUAGUAAGGGACACCUCGUUUUGCCGGUCUUCUAUGAUGUGGAUCCUUCGGAAGUGAGGAAGCAGAGUGGGAGUUUUGCAGAAGCAUUUGCCAAACAUGUAGUAGAGCAAAAGAUGGACAAGGUGGAGGAGUGGCAGAAAGCGCUUAACGAUGUUGCAGAUCUCGGGGGGAUGGUUUUAGGAGAUCAGUAUGAAUCGCAGUUCAUCCAAAGUAUUGUUGAGGAGAUUGGAAAAAUGCUUGAUCACACAGCAUUAAGCGUUGCUUCAGGUGGUGUUGGAAUCCCUUAUCGUGUACGACACCUAAACAUGUGGUUGAAAGAUGGAUCAAAUGAUGUUGAUGUAGCUUUGUUAUGUGGAGAAGGUGGAAUUGGAAAAACUACUGUUGCUCGAGUUGCUUAUAAUCUCAACUUUUACAGAUUUCAAGGUAGCAGCUUCCUUGAAGAUAUUCGUGCAACAUAUGAACAAUCCGAUGGUAUUCUUCAGCUGCAAAGAAAACUUGUUUUGGAUAUCCAAAGGGGUAAUGAAACAAAGACUACAUACAUCAGCACAGAAGAGGGAAGAAGCAAGAUCAAGCACAUCGUAUGUUGCAAAAGAGUUCUGAUUGUUUUUGAUGAUGUGAAACACUUGAACCAGUUGAACGCAAUUCUUGGCAAUCGGGAUUGGUGCUAUCCAGGAAGUAAAAUUAUCAUUACUACUAGAAAUAAACAUUUGUUAGAAGCUCAAGAGAUUCCUCAUACCGUAUUUGAAAUUGAACUACUUGACAAGUAUGAAGGAAUGGAGAUUUUCAAUAGCCAUGCAUUUGGAGAAGCACAUCCUAUCUAAGUUUGUUUUCCUCAAGAAAUUAAGAAGUAACAGCUCUGUUUUGAGAAGAUUUUUAGAAUCUUGAAUCUCCACUGAUGAGAAAAGAUAGCAUCACCUGUAAUCUCCCGGAGAUUAUCUCCGCAUGCUUCUCACACUCCACAAGCAACAUGAAUUUUCAGUAUUUCUGUAAUAACUAGUUGGCCCUGUCACAAUUUUAACUCUCUUGAGACUUUUAUUACUUGAAAACUAUUCUUAUCAGUAUUUUGAACUUUAUGUGAGAAAAUGUAUCCUUUGAUUUUAAACUCAA